CCCGUCACCAAACGAAAUGGCGGAGGCUGCGGUGGUGGCGUGGGUUCGCGGCCCCGGUUCCGUGUGGAAGGCGCUGCCGUGUGCCUCGGCUGGGUGCUCCGUGCGCGAUGUUAUCUACCGACACUGCCAAGAACAGGAAAUUCCUGUGGAAUGCUUCUUUGUGAAGUGCAAUGGAGUCCUCGUUGCUGCCGGUGACAAGGUGCAGCCUGGAGCUGUGUACAGUUUGGAGCCGAGGCUUCAUGGAGGGAAAGGAGGUUUUGGGUCUAUGCUUCGAGCACUUGGUGCACAGAUAGAGAAGACGACCAAUAGAGAAGCCUGCCGGGAUCUCAGUGGGAGGAGAUUACGAGAUGUCAAUCAUGAGAAAGCGAUGGCCGAGUGGGUAAAACAGCAAGCCGAGCGAGAGGCUGAAAAGGAGCAAAGGCGCCUGGAGAGACUGCAGCGAAAGCUUGCUGAGCCUGCGCACUGCUUCUCCAGCCCAGACUACCAGAGGCAGUGCCAUGAGAUGGCUGAGCGUCUGGAGGACUCAGUCCUCAAAGGUAUACAGGCUGCCUCCAGCAAGAUGGUAUCAGCAGAAAUCACUGAUACUAGAAAACGACCUAACAAGUCAAAAAUGGACCAGGGAGCUGGUACAAAGAAGAGGAAAUGCUUUUGGUUGGGCAUGGAAGGACUGGAGACUGCUGAAGGAGCCAGUACUGGCAGCUCAGAUGACAGCUCAGAUGGUGAUGGUGAAGAUGCUCCUGGGACGUCGGGGCCGAGCUGCUGUGCUCGGGAAAAUGGCAGUGAUGAUGUAGAGGUGGCAGUUGACUAUCCUGGCAGUCCUCAGAACUUGGGAUCCAGUACACACUCGGAGUCACCCAAAAAGCUUCAGAGCUCCAUGACUGAGCCUGGGCAGGGCAUUUUGGAGAACACAGGAGCUGAGCUAGGAGAGACAUCUGACAAGGAACACAAUGAAAGGAAGACAGUCACAGAAACAGAGGACACCCCAGCAAGGAAGGAAACAGAGAGUCCUGAGCCCACAGAAAAGGACCAGAAGUCAGGAGUGACUGGAGGGGACAGUGCUGCCAUGGCUUUGUCUGGAGAAGACAGGAAAAGCAUCCCUGCUGCUAAGCUGGAGGGAAUCGAUGCAGGAGGCACAGCUCUUGGUCUGGAAGCUGUGGAUCUGUCAGCAUUCAGCUCUGCAGCCGAGUUGGAGUCACUGGGUUUGGAGAAGCUCAAGUAUGAACUGAUGGCCCUUGGACUGAAGUGUGGGGGGACCCUGCAGGAGCGCGCAGCCAGACUCUUCUCUGUCAGAGGCCUCUCAAAGGAGCUCAUCGACCCAGCUUUAUUUGCCAAGCCUUCAAAAGGGAAGAAGAAGUGAAUUUCCUCAGCACUCUCCUGGUAUUUGAUACUUCCUCCGGUGUGAUAGACUUGUGGCCAGUGUUCCUUUUGAUACUAAAAGCCAGUUUUCUAAUAAUUUGGUUCUAACUAGUCUCUUUUCAAUGGUACCUGGGCUUGAUGUUUUCAUUGGAAGAGAAAACUUUGUAUGCUUUUUUCUUUCUUUUUGUGUUUUUGUAAGAGACUUACUCUGUAACCCAGACUGACCAAGAACUGUGUAGUUCACUUUGGUCUCAAACUUGCAAUGAUCCUCCUGUCUCAGGCAUGAGCCACCGCGCCUGCUUUGUCAGAGGUUUAUACAUUUCUUUGGCUUUAUAUAUUGUGUCACUUGGGUAAGAUAUUUUCAAGAAAUUUAUUUGUAUAACCCAAAGCAGUCAGGUUUGUAAACACGGUUAUCCAUAACUUGCAUUUUAAAAACUUGUUUCUCUUUCUAGUAGUGUGUGUGUGUGUGUGUGUGUGUGUGUGUGUGUGUGUGUUACCAGGGAUGGAACCUAGCUGCAGGCCUCUCACACUCACACUGGGGAUUUUUAUUUUUUAUUCCAGCUAGGGGCCUAUUUUGUUUGGUUUUCAAAGAAUUUGGUUUUUUUGCUUUGUGGAUUGUUCUGGGUGGUUGUUGAUCUCACAGCUUUUGAGUUUUAUUAUUUCCCCUCCUGUGUGCCUUGCAUUUACCUUAUCAUUUUUCUUCAGCUCCUUAAGUCUUAGAUCACUGGUUAUAGAUUUUAUCCUUAUUAUUUUUUUAGUGUAUUACCCAAUUAGCAUUUGUAUUUUCUCUAAAUGUUUUAUUGAUACUGACUAUUCAGAACAGAAAGUACCCUGCAUCCUUUGUCUGGCUGACCCAGGCUAGGGUCUGACAUGAUGCCUGUGCCAUGUGCUGUUGGGAAGAACAUACAGUUGGCAGCAGAGUGUGUUCUGGAACACAGGUUAUGUGAAGAACUGGUCGGAUGGUUCUGAUGACCUGCCUUUGCUGGUUUAUUUCCAUAAGUAACUAAGAGAAAACUCAAAUCUCAAUUAUGAUUGUGGUAAUUGCCUUUUUUUUUUUUGAGAUAAGAAUAAGUUUGCUAGCGUUUGCUAAGCUGUCGGUUGUAUAUUAAUUCAGUGAUCUUAUAUACGGAUGUUUCUGCAUUGCCUUAAAAUGUCUGGCUCUGAUGGGUUUGGAUCUCUUUUCCAUCAGAUAAUUCACACACGGAUACAGUGUGCCCUGAUCAUGUCCACUGUGUUUCUACUUGUUUAAUUCUUCUGUUUUUACUUUAUAUUUUGAAGCUACUGUUAGGUUACACUCGUCUCGUAUGUACUUAUUGAACAGUGUAUCAUGAAAUCCCCUUCAUCUUUGGUGAGUUUCCUGUUCAGCACACGUUAUCUGAAACGCCACCCUCCAGCUUUGUCAUUGUUUCCAUAGUUCGUGUUUUCUGUUCAUUUCCUGACUCCCUGCCCCUCCUGUCUGCAGUGGGUUUCUACAGACGGCAGAUACUGUCCUGCAUUUGUGUCUGUUCUGACUCCUCGGUGGCGGCGUCGGCGUCCCCAACAUCAUCAUCAUCAUCAUCUGGUCCCUGUCUCUGGUGCCAGGUCAGCAGCAGGUCACCUGGCUGUGUCAGUCAUAACAUUUUCUUUGGGGUGUUUUCAGGGGUGGUCUGCUCUUCUGCCUUGGAGUUUGGUGAGCUUCGUGGUUUUGUAAAUUUAUUCCAUUAAUUAAAUUUGGAAAUAUUUUAAGCA